CUACUAUUCUCUAAGUGAAAAAAUGAGUGAGAAGGGUAAUAUUAAUAUGAGUGAGAUGGGUAAUAUUGAAGAAGAAAAAGUGGUAAAACUAAUAGUGAAAUCAGGAGAUCUUGCUGAUUUUAGUGUGUCGUAUGUGUUGGGUGUACAUACUCCACUUGCGAAGUUAUAUUCAUUUUACGCUACGCACGUAGGGGUGGACCCCGAUGACAUCUACCUCAUGUGUAGGGGUCAGUUCUUAAGACCGGACACAAAUUCGUUUGUUUACGGGUUUGAUGACACUGAGCUCGUGCUAGCUUAUUCAAAGUCAGGAAAAAGUGUUGCCGCUGAUGUGGAUAUUGAUCGCGACUAUUACUUCGUUACAAUGCGUGAUCUACAAACGAAGCCCACAGUAAGGAUAUUCCGGAUGAAAUGCACUACUAAACUACAAAGACUUGCUAUGUUGUGGGCUUCUAUGGAGGGAAUAGAGCCCAGUAUUGUUUCUUUGUACCAUGAACAGGCACGUGUUGACCUUGAAGGUACCUUUGAUAGUCAAGGUGUUCUUGAUGGGGACGUCAUCUACGUAGUUAUUAAUUAUUUGGGAGGUUAAGAUUGUAAAUCUAAGUACUCUUAUUAUGAUGUAUUAAUCUAUGUGUUUUCUUAAUGUAUUAGUAGAUGAAAAGUAAUGUAUUAGUAUAUGAAGUAUUAAGUAAUAUUAGUAUAUGAAGUCGUAAGUAAUAUUAGUAUAUGAAGUCGUAAGUAAUAUUAGUAUAUGAAGUCUAAUGUAAUAUUAGUAUAUGAAGUCUAAUGUAAUAUUAGUAUAUGAAGUCUAAUGUAUUAGUAUAUGUAACUGAUAAGUUUUG